AUGUCGGGUUUGGAUUGUCAUACCUGUCCGGAGGAUUACAAGAACGUGGGAAGUGAAAGGUCCAAGAAGAAGCACUUCAAAAAUCUUAACAAGGUAGGAUUGCAAGACGUCAAGAACAAGGUAAAAACGAUGGUUCCGGAGCUUAGUUAUGCGAGGUUGAAGAUGAUGGUACUCUUCUUUUUAGUGAGUAUCAUUGUCGGGAAGACCAAAAACUCGGGUAAGAAUGCAACGCCUGUAGAUAGCCUAUGUCUAAGAGCGGUUAACGAUCUGGAGUUUUUUGUUACUUUUCCUUGGGGGAGGUAUUCGUUUGAGCAUAUGCUCAAGUUGAUCGCGCACACUAUGCGCCAUUUUGAUGGGGUGGUGGAGAAAGAAAGAUCAAUAUGGCCGGUUCCAGGAUUUUGUAUCCCGGUAGAGGUUCGUGUUGUUUAUUGA